AUGCACUCGACAGGGUCUUUUUCGAGCCUGGCAAUGAACAAGCUGCCUUCCGUCACUUCCCAGCCGAAGCGGAAGAUCCCCUUGUGGAUGCGGUGGCGGAAGUUCUGGGGUGUGCUCACCAUCAUCAUCGCCAUCGUCGGCGUCAGCAUCUACAACCUGAGGUCAUCGGAUGCUUCCCUGCUGAGAAAUGCGCGCGAGUCUGUCAACUACCUUGCCGAGAGGCAGGCUGCUGACAUCACCCGCCAGCUGCGUACAUCUGUCAGCAGCCUCCAAGCACUUGAUGCAAUUCUGCAGAUCGAUGAGUGCAGCUCUGGCACAGCAGACUUCGAUCGACUGGCGAAGACCUUGAUUGAAACCUACAGGGGCAUCUCAAACUUGCAGUUAGCGCCCUUUGGAACAAUCCAGCGCAUCUACCCACUGGUAGAUUCAAGCCAAGACAAUCGAGGUGCCUUGGGACUGGCGCUUCUCUUGGACCCAGCCAUGGUGGACUUUGCACUCGCUUCCAUUCAGUCAGGGACCACCUUAGUGAGUGGGCCCAUGCAGCUCAUGCAAGGCGGAGUAGCUGCCAUUGCACGGCGGCCCAUCUUCUCCCGCUGGGCCCCGAAGUACCUGCCAGAUGAGUGGUUUGUGGACAAGGACGGUGUGAACCACAGCAGAAUCUGCUCCAGAGCAGCGUCGCGCGUCGAAGAAGAGUGCUCCUUUCCCGGGCCACCGGAUCCGAGUGGCGACCCCACCUACUUCUGGGGCUUUGUCACUAUGGUAGCUCGCAUCGAGGACUUUCUUGCCACGUCCUCCCUGGCCUCACUAGAGAGGGCAGGAGAAGGAGGUGUGGCGGGCAUCUCGCAGUUUGCCUACGAGCUCUCAGAUCCCAGCCCACACCCUUCACUUUCAGACGGCAUCUGGCAGCGCUCCUCGAGCACGGAGGCGCUGAUUGACUCGGUGCAGGUGGACGUGGCCGUGGAAGAGUUCGGGUUUCGCUGGAUCCUGAAGGUCGCGCCGAGGGAGGGGUGGCCGGUGGUCUCGGACGAUUUCUGGAGGCAGCUCCUCUUGGUACUGCCACUCACAGCGAUGCUGGGCGUCCUUCUGGGCGUCUACAUCCUGUUCGCGCUGCGGAAGGAGGCCAUGAAGCUGCAGGGCCUGGCAAGAUAUCUCAAGGAGCAGAAGAAACUGGCCAUCGAAAGUGCCGUGCACACCUUGAACACCUUUCAAUGCCCAAUGUAUCUGGUGGAGCUGUGCGACUUCCUGGCGAUGGGCGGGCUGAUGUGUCAUGAAGUUGCGCGGGAUGCCGAGAAGCUCAGUUGCUUUGAUUGUCCAGAAGACGUUAUUGAAAUCGCCCAGCUUUCGGGCGUUGUCUUCAUCAGCCACCAGUGGACGAGCUUCGACCACCCCGACCCCCAGAACGUUCACUACGAGGCCAUACUUGUGGCCAUCAGGAGGUUGCAGCAGGAGGGCCUUAAGUGUGGCUACAUCUGGGUGGACUACAUAUCCAUCCCUCAGGCGAACAGCUUUCAGCAGCAGGCAGCCAUCAACUCCUUGGCGGUGUAUGCCUCCGUGUGCUCGUCGCUGGUGUCCGUGGCUCCAUGUUGCAAGCAUUCAGACACCGGAUCAGAGCUCAACAUGCACACGUACUCUUCCCGGGGCUGGUGUAGGCUAGAACUUCUUGGCUUCAAGACUGGCACUUGCGAUACGGAGGAGAGGCAGCGGGCGGCAUUCAUGUGUGACGGGAAAGAUCUUAGCGUCAUCAACGGCACGACGAGUGAUCUCUCCGAUGAGUUGAUCCUCCACGUCUUAGGAGGCUCCUUCACCUGCUGUAACAGAAGCCACCCGGCAGGUGUGCCGUGUGACCAGCAGAAGAUUCGGGAUGUGUUGCUGGGCAUCUACUGGCGGCUCAUGGCGAUGAGGAGGGAUGGUGACAUGAAUUGUGUGAUCUGGGCCGAUCGCAUCCUGCAGCUGGUGAGGACGAAUCCUGAGAAGUACUUCCCAAGCCACAGCUGGUACCGCUCAGAUCGCGUCGAUGAGAUGCAGGAGCAUUUCGCCGGGUAUCUGCCGAUCCUUCACCGCAUGUUUGAGAAGGACACUGGGCUGGAAGAUGAAGAGCAGCUUCCGGUGUUCGGUCGGAGCACAGGUGGCUCUGCUACUUUCUAUGGCAAGGUGCUGGAGCACUCGCCGCACUGGUGCGGCUACAUUCCAUGGGUUGUUCAGUUUGUGGUCCCUCCAUGCUGGAUCGGCAAGCCUGCACCAAGCGACGCAGAGGUUGGGCCGGACGGAAAGCCGGCAUGGUGCAAGUGGGUGCCGAACCUCAGCAAGGGCUACGUUCCCGACUGCCGCGGUGGCACUGUCGACAAUGUGACAGUUCCCUCCGCGGUCGCCACACCGCCGCCACAGACUGGUGUUUCCCCGGGCCAGCCAGAGUGGUGCAAGUGGGUUCCCUUCGCCAGCAAGGGCUUCGUGCCCGACUGCAGCAAGUGA